CUGUAAUGUGAGCCCCGGGCAAAAACAAACCUGCAUACAGUAUAAAGGAGUAUAUUCACGUUCUAAAUAAACAGAACAUCUUAUUGAGAUAGCUUGCUAGAUGAUCCCAAGAACUAGUGUUUUAUCAUAGAGUUCAUAAGCGCCCAGUACACUCAAGACUCAAGACAGUAGAAUUUCAAUACUAGUAUACGCGCUGCUUGACAGAAAGCGUGAUAUUGGGGUUACGAUUAUAGCAAUACAUUUUACGGUAACAGGCCUACGUGGUGCAAAGGUACAGUAGCACAUUGUGAACCCGAGGUGCAGUACGGUACUUUGAGAUCUCUGCCAUUUCACUUUUGGUUACAACUUAAGUAUUUCAUUCCACAUCUGCAAAUAUUACGUGCAACGAUGAGGACGGUGUCAAUACUCGUUCUUGUGUUGUUGGCGGUGGUGAAUGCCAGUUUCAACCAAGAAGAUAGCAUGAGAAGCGGUCUUGGCAAGAAAAAGACAACAAACUUCACAACAAAGCAAGAUUUGCGGGAUAUGAACUCAGCAGUACGAUGUAACGGAAGUGUGGACGGGCACGAUGGUCGGGAGAUACAUCGGAGCAUGCCGACAGUUUUCGGACAUUUCAUGGCUCAGGAAGAACGAAAUGAGACCCUGCCGCAUCCAAAAGGUCAAGAAAUACAAGCUGGGUGCUCAUUUGUCACAGUGAAGAAUGUCGCAAUAUCAUUAAUCUGUUCACACAAGCAGAGUGAUCGGUACAACACAGCAGCGCUUCUAUCGACUUGUAUGGAAACUGCAGGGCAACGGUUGACGGAAGAGCGACAACAUUUUGGAGGAAUGCCAUGCCAAACAAACUCUGUGACGACAUUUGCUAGAUACCUACCAGUACCGCACCUGUUUUACUUCAGCAAACUCCCCAUGCUUUGCGCCUUAUCGAUGAAAGUUGCUUUUCUCCUCCCGAGUUCUAUAGUCACUUUACUGAUUUUCAUUAUGUUAGUUCAACUCCUUUUUCGCUCUAAAUAUAUGGAGUAUGUUCUGGACCAAUGCUUUAGCCGUUUCGUGCUACGUUUUCUCUUAAUUUCUGUAGGCAUUCUCGUACUCAAUGGAGUGUUCCUUUUAAUUGGAUUUACAGCAUGUUUCGUCUACGAAACGACGACCCUUAUUUGUCAGGAACACAGUUCGAAGUGCCGUGUUUACAAGUGCGUUUUUGAGUACCCGGUCAAAGUACUGUGGUUGCUAUUACGGGAGCUGAACAACACCAAAGGACAACCCCCAUUUGCACACUCCUCUUUGCGUAUAAGAUGUCGGAGAAAUGGGUAGCAGACUUCGUUAACUUUGAAAAUAUUGUAACAACUGUUAUAAAGUUACCUGUAUAAGAACAAAACGUACCGAGUUGUAUUGUUUAGGUCUUGUUGAUACGUUAUAAUAUAAGGGGCUAGUAUCAAUGAUAUUUAUCAUAAGAAUCGGGAUGAUCAACAAUAUUUUGUAUACCAUGCUACGACGGUGAAUAAAAAAACAACACCUGAAGCGAUUUGUCUACGAGGUCUUUGCUUUUAUACCACUUACAGGGUAACCUUUUGCAACCAUAAAUAUCUGUACGUUAGACAUGCGCCAUGGUGAGCCUACAAAAAAGACACGUUGUAUGUCGCAUGUGGCGUGGUAUUGAUAUAUGGGGAAUAUUGGUUUCUCCGAAUGAAAGCUCAUCUGUGUUGGUAAAUUAAACUUUUUCAAUAUUGGUUUCUGUCAGUAUUUGAUUGCAUCUGGAUAUUGAUAGACUGCUGACACAGUUUGAGAUAAUUGUCUCUUUCGUUUUACAACCCACACAUAUUUCCUCACACAUAUGUACAUAUAGAUAAAUACUGAAAGAACAGCAGUACCAAACGUAAAAACAGACAUUGAUCGACGUAAUUUCAUUGAUUUUACUCUUCUAAACACUGAUAAAAAAAGAAGAAGCUCUCGUGAGCCAAAAUAUCUGUGUCAAGGUAUCGGUAUCUCAUCACAUGGAUGUAGUAUUACCGAUCCGUUCUCCCAGACAGACAAUUUUCAUAGAAAAUGCAUAUCAUUUGUCCUUCUUGUUUCUGAAUAUCCGAUGUCCAGUCUCAUAUAGAUGUAAGUCCUGACUGCGCAGGCAAUCUCCCACAGAACUUCUCAGAAGCCGCACACGUCUACUGCAGACUCUGACAGCGUUCGACUGACCGGACCCAUCUUUGGCACAAAGCUAGGUCCCUUUUUAUGAUCCUGUUGUAACACAUAGAGUAGUAGCAAUAAGUAGCAACACGAUCGUUACGAGACAGAGGCGUUUUUUUCAAUAAAUGCCUCUGUAAGAAGCGUCACCCUGUGAUCUCACUGCGGCUCAUGUCGCAACAAGAGCUUUUUCAUCUUGGUCGCUUCCUGUAUCAUCCUUUGGCCAGACCGUUGUUUCAGUAGAGCGCACCUCAGCAAUGAUGAAAGCUAUUGUCAUCUUGUGCGCACUUCUUAUCGUUGUGUGCGUGGCUACACCCGCCAAGAGUGAGACCCUGCCUAAAGACUGUAUCCAGUCAAAAACAACGCCAUCGGGUAACCGCCUUGUGCUAGUUACCUGUACCGACAGAGGGUUAACCAGCUUCCCUGACGACAUCCCAUCCGAUACUUAUAAUUUGAAGCUGAUGGACAACAAAAUCCGCCAUGUCCCCCAUAUUCCACCGCUAAAAAACUUGAGGAUAUUCGGCCUCGGUAGGAACUUGAUCGAAACCCUGUCGUGGUCUUCACUCUGUAACUUGUCGGCAGUGAGUAACAUCUACUUAAUCUCUAACAGGAUCACAAACGUUAGAUUUGAGAGCUGUAUCAAUCAGCUGACAAAUCUCCGGUAUGUAGAUCUGUCACGAAAUAGGAUUACAACCUUGGCUGAAAGCGACCUUGCGCUACCCUUGAGCACAGCAAAAAUCUAUUUAGUUUCCAACCCGUUCCACUGCGACUGCAAACUGGCAUGGCUAAUCAAGAAAAUGAAAUGUUUGCAAGACAGUGAAGACAGGGAAGCUCAAUCAUGCGACGCCUCCUUCCUUUCCAACGCGUACUAUCACGUAGCGAGCGAAUUCUUCUGUGGCUCACCAGUUCAGUUACAUAAAAGGCCCCUGUCAUUAGUUUCUGUACCUGGGUUGGGCUGUGCUGCCACGACCCCUCCAUCAACAGCAUUUGAGAUUUCAACGCACCAGCAAAUAAGUGGAAAUACGGAUAUUGAUAUCAUCAGCCUCAAUCCACAAAAUCAUCAUCCCAAUCCACCAAGUACCCAACAGAGCGUUCGUGUACCGGCUGGUACAAGUGUUCACCCCGUGACCCAACAUACAAGUAUUACACAAGGUAAUGCUGUAUCAUCUCAGGGUAUCGCUGCAUUUGACAACAGCGCAAAGCAUGGGGGUACAUCAUCGGCAGUCGACGCUGAGAUAGAGAAGAGGGAUGAACCAGCGUUCGGAACCGUCCACAUCAUCAUCAUGAUAUCAGCCGGCCUUCUCGGCUUGGUCUUCGUCGCCUGUGUGAUCUUCAAGUUGAUCAAACACCGUCGGAACCUUGAGCUCCGCAACAGGGCAGCAAAUGUCCUUCAGCACCAGAACACCGUUCCGUUUCAAAACCCUGUUUACGGACACGCCAGCGACAGCGCCGACCCAACUGGACCAACACUCGCCAUAGAACUGUCACAGCUCGUACCGCCGAUACAAAACGUAUCAUAUCAUCAUAACAACCCAGCUCGCCUCCAAACUUCAACUAACAUAGAACUGUCUCAGCUAGUCCCACCUAUCGCAAACUCACUGUAUUGCAGUGAUAACCCAGCCACCAUGCCGAACCAGCCACACCUCCAAAAUCCCCUUCCUCCCAUACAAAAUGUGUGCUAUCACAGCAACAAGUCUGGCGGUUUGCCAACCGAGGCACAGAAGCCUGAACAUACGUACAACUACAUACCGUAAAGAUGCACCAUCGGAUGAUCUAGGCCGGUGACAGAAACGACCCAGUACAAAAACAAAUGGCCACAAAAGUGUAUUGUGAUAAAAAAGAGCCCAAAUAGCUAUAGGGCCCAGAGAGCCUGCUAUUGAGGCAAAUUAUAGGCUGCCAAUGCAUGCAACCCAGCUUUUCUGCCAGCUCACGUUUACAUUCAAGCCUUAAAAAUCAUCAAAAUCGCUGAACAUUUUACAGGCUUUCUUAGUGAUGAUAAAAUUUAACGAUGACUUGCAUGGCAAAUUUGCGCGUGCGCAUGAACAAUUUGCGCGUGACAAAACAGUUCUUGAAACAUGUUAGAUACUGUGCAGUGAAGACUUUUAAGGCAGAAAAAUGUGACCACAUGAUAUGAUAUUCCAUCUGUUACCUCAAUUUUUUGGUUGAAAAAUUCCUGAUUUUAGGUCCCCUGGGAAUCAGGGAAUUUGCAUAUUGUCACGCGCAAAAUUUUCACGCACACAAAAACCCAUCCCUUCCGACGUCGACGACCACUUGUUGGAAAACAAGUUUUCCAAACGAUCAUUGGUUUAUCAGAUAUUCUACCUCUUGAAUCUUGUGACCUACCGCCACAAAAACAAAAUCGUAGACAAUGAGGUAAAUUCUAGCUGCAAAUCUGUUGUAUCAGUAUAGGUGCUAGCGCUGGCUGUGUUUGAUGUAGUUGUGCAGUUAUUUCAAGUACUAUUAAGUUUGGAAAGUAAUAUCAGUGCUAGUGUCUCUGUGACAAGUCUCUUGUCAUUCUCAUUUAGCAUGACAGAAUAAAGUGUAUGUCAGUUGUGUCGAGAUGGAUCUAGAAAGCAAUGUCAGUGAGAGAGGAUGUUCUGAGACGUUUUUUUUUCUUAACUGUUUUCGUAAUCAAAUCAUAGUACGAUAUGUAUCCUAAGUAUUGUGAAUAUUCAUCGAGUAGUAGAUCUAUGUCUUGUAGAAAUUUGUUGUUUGGGUAGUUGGCAUUAUAAAGGCAUCGAUGAGGUAAGCUAUUAGUAUGUUAUUUUUCUGCUAAAUUCCAAAGCAUAGAAAAUUUGUAAAUGCUUAUUCGAAAGUGUAUCUUACAGUAUUUCAGGAAUUAGUAUUGUCAAGGACGUUCAACGCUUAUGGCGGACAUCACUUUGAAAUCAUCAAACUUGGGAUUUUUGGCCAUUUUUGCAUCACGAUAUGAUAGCCAAAUAACCUGGGGACAUGGGUAGUUUUUUUAGUAGAGAUAGAAAAUUAUAACC